AUGUCCACACCUCCCUCUACGGGUGUCAUCCCCCAGCGAAGCUCUCCGGGAUUUCAGGAGACUCGCCUCCAGGAGAACAGCAAGCAGUCUCCCGAGGUAGCUGCCAAGGAUGUCCCAGCCUUCAAGCAGAAGCCGACCAUUGUAACUCUUGGUACCUCCAAGCUUGUCAAUCAGAAUGCUCUUAAGGUUGGUUCUUCCACUCGCAAUCUGCCCUCUCGCUCACAGCGACGACAGAAGAAGACCAAUCAGGAGUCGGCUACUGUUGCUGGCACGAACCCUAUGGACAUGCUGCUCGCCAAGUUGUCGGAGCAGCAAGCCGCCCUCGACCAGCAGAAUGAGGCCUUGAAGAGCUCGGAUGACAAGAGCUUGUACACGCGCGGUUUCGACCAGUCUACCGCAACGACCAAUUCCGUUCCCAUCACUCCCGCGACGGACACGUUCCCCACGACUGCCCCUGCAACCCGCCCAGCCAGUGCCACCCUUAAGGAGAAUCACGGUAACAUGGAAGAGGUUCUCCGACUCAAGCUGGAGCUUGCUCGAGCUCAGACCAAAAUUUCUCGUCUCGACCACGAACUUGCGCAGUCACGCUCCAUCAAGCAAGAAGACAUUCCAAUCCCUCAGACGUCAGCCCGCUCCGGCAUGUUCGGGGCCGAGAACCCUUGGAGCCCGAACGAUGACAGCUCCUCAGAUGUUGGCGCCCCUUCUGUCGGCGGGUACGGCCGUUCUCGCCCUGCCUGGGCUAGCCACAGAGGCCCCCCUCCCUUUUCCAAUCAUGUCAUGCCCACACCCUCAUCCGAUUCACAGUCAGUUGGAGGUGAUUGGUACGGAGGUGGCCGUGGUGGUUUCAACCAGGGCUACAUGGAUCCUGUUGGCCCCUACUCCAUGGCGGACGGUCACCGAGGUGAUCGCACAAGCUAUGACACUGAGGUUUUCUCACGGCCCCCUAGCAGUCGCCGGAACAACCGGUUCGAUAACAGUCGAUGGCCCUCCCCUCAACCGUACGGCGGAUCCAACAUUAGUGGUCAGAACUAUGCCGGCUUCACACCUUCCCCUGCUCCGUUCGAGGCCAUGAGCGGAGGCCCGGGCAGCACCACCGGCAAUAUUGGUUCUGGCAUGUACCAAAGCUAUAAUCAGCAGCCCAUUGGCAGUCAACUCUCGCCUCACGCAACCGAAUUCACCACUACUGAUGGAUGGAAGACGGAGUCUAUCGCCACCGAGGGCCAGACAUACCUCCCAACUACUGAACCUCUCAACUACCGUCGGCUGUUGGACCGCAAUGUCAACUGUAACUGGAAGUACAUUGUGGACAAAAUUGUCUGCAACAACGACCAGCAGGCGUCUAUCUUUCUACAGCAAAAGCUUAAGGUCGGCACCCCAGACCAGAAGUACGAGAUCGUCGAGGCCAUUGUCGCUCAAGCAUACCCUCUCAUGGUCAACCGCUUCGGCAACUUCCUCGUUCAACGUUGCUUCGAGCAUGGGACCCCGGAGCAGGUGGUCAAGAUCGCUGAGGCCAUUCGCGGCAAUACUCUCAACCUUUCCAUGGACCCUUUCGGAUGUCAUGUUGUGCAAAAGGCAUUUGACUCUGUCCCCGAGGACUACAAGAGUAUCAUGGUUCAAGAACUCCUUCGCCGAAUUCCCGAGACCGUCAUUCACCGCUAUGCUUGCCACGUCUGGCAAAAGCUUUUCGAGCUUCGCUGGUCCGAGUCCCCUCCUCAGAUCAUGAAGUUUGUCAACGAUGCCCUGCGAGGCAUGUGGCACGAAGUCGCCUUGGGUGAGACUGGCAGCUUGGUUGUCCAGAACAUCUUUGAGAAUUGCCUUGAGGAAGACAAGCGUCCUUGCAUCGAGGAGGUCCUUGCCAACAUCGACAUUGUGGCCCAUGGUCAAUUCGGAAACUGGUGUAUUCAGCACAUUUGCGAACAUGGCGCGCCGGCUGACCGCAGCCGUGCCAUUGACCAUGUCAUUCGCUACGCUGCCGAGUACAGCACCGACCAGUAUGCCUCAAAGGUUGUCGAGAAGUGCCUCAAGAUUGGUGGAGGAGAAUUUCUCAGCCGUUACCUCGACCGAGUCUGCGAGGGACGACUUGACCGCCCUCGUAUCCCUCUUGUCGACAUUGCCAGUGAUCAGUACGGUAAUUACCUUAUUCAGUACAUCCUCACCCAUUCCGGCAUGCAGCAUCGCGAGGUGGUUGCUGCCCACAUACGCAAGCACAUGGUGUCCCUUCGGGGAUCCAAGUUCGGCUCCCGUGUUGGUAUGCUUUGCACUAACCCAGCCGUCGCGACUCGUCCUGGUCCUGGAGUUGGUCCUAGCAUGAACCGGAUGGGCGCUGGUCCUCGCUAUGGUGGUCCUGGUGGCGGCUACCGUUAA